AUGGCUGUUAAUAAUUCUUUGUUUGAAAGUGAGUCACCUCUGCCAUUUAAUCACCUGGAUGAUACCGCCUUUAAUGCAGUAUUGUAUGAGUUUGAACAUAGUCCAUUAAAUUUUGACUUAGAUCGUUUAGAAUCUUUAAUAUUCAAUCCAAUUGAAUAUCUGCCUUCUACUUUAGAGAACUCAUUUAUAACUAAUCUUGACCCAGAUUUAAACUUUAACGAACUAAUGCCAUCUAAUAGUAGGUACAUGAUUGAAAGUGAAGUUAAUGAACUUGUAACGGAUAAACCAUGUAAUUCGGGAAUGUCUUUUUUGCAUAUAAAUUGUCGAAGUCUCAUUGGUAAUUUUGAUAGGUUUAGAGUUUUAACCACAAAUUUGCUCGACUCAUUUUCUGUAAUUGGAGUAUCUGAAACCUGCAUGGCUAAACGAUGAUACUUUUAAUAUGGUAAAUCUGCCUGGUUAUAACUUCAUUAGUAAUCAUCGCCGAGGUAAAACAGGCGGUGGUGUAGGUCUUUUUCUAGGUGAUUAUUUUCAGUACAAAUUAAUUCAAGACUGUAAUAUUUCUAAUCCUGAAGUAAUUGAGUCUCUGUUUGUUGAAAUUUCAAACCCUCUUGGGAAAAACAUUAUUGUAGGAACUGUUUACCGCCCACCCAACCAAAACCUUGUCUCAUUUAUCGAAAACUUUAAUAAAAUCCUUUCUAUUAUUUCCAAAGACAACAAACAAUGCUACAUAAUGGGAGAUUUUAAUUUGGACUUACUUCAUUGUGAUCAUCAUGCGUAUACACAAGAAUUUAUAGACUCGUUAUUUUCACAUAUGUUUAUUCCUCUUAUUAAUAAGCCAACGCGGCUAACUUCUCAUUCAGCAACACUAAUUGAUAACAUAUUUACGAAUUGUUUUACACAAAAUAUUGUAAAUGGAAUUAUUCUGAACGACUUGUCGGACCACCUACCUGUGUUUGCAUUAUCUAGUACUAAAUUUGAGAAACCAAAUAAUGAAACCACAUAUUAUACUCGGGAUUACAAUGAUUUAAAUAUUAUCAAGUUUCAAACUAAAUUAUCACAGGUCGAAUGGACUCGGGUCUUGAUAGGGCAGGAUCCAAAUAGACUUUACGAUGUUUUUGCCGAAGAAUAUUAUGGGCAUUUUGAGGAUUGUUUUCCCUUAAAAAUAUCUAAGUUGAAUUCUUGUAGGAAAUCAAAAUCACCAUGGAUUACUAAAGGUUUGCUGACUUCCGUUAAAAAAAAGAAUAAAUUAUACAAAAAAUAUCUCGCAAACCCUACCCCUGUACGUGACUCUCAGUAUAAGAGAUACAAAAAUAAAUUGAAUCACCUAAUUAGAAUAUCAAAGAAAACUUACUAUGAUAAAAAAUUUGAAUUAGCUAAAAGUGAUUUGAAAACAACAUGGAAAUUAAUAAAUGAAGUCACUAACCUAAAACGUAAAAAGCCCUCACUACCGUCAUCUUUUCGAUCAAAUAACAUGACUAUCAAUGAACCCUCUAAAAUUGCCAAUGAUUUUUGUAAAUAUUUUUCUGAAAUUGGCCCAUCCCUUGCGCGUAAGAUUCCCCCAACAAAUCGUUCAUUUCAUGAGUUUUUAGGCCCUACUAUUAGUGAAACCAUAUUCCUUAAACCUACAACUGUUAAUGAACUGAGAGAGAUAUGUAUGUCGUUUAAAAAUGGAAAAGCACCUGGCUACGACAACCUACCUAUACAUAUCAUAAAAAAAUCGUUUGAAUUAAUAUCUGAACCAUUAAUGCUGGUAAUUAAUUCUUCACUUGAGGCAGGGUUAUUCCCAGAUAAGCUAAAAGUAGCUAAAAUAAUUCCUAUUUAUAAAGCUGGUGAGGUAGAUACAUUCACAAAUUACAGACCAAUUUCAAUUUUGUCUAGUUUUUCAAAAAUCUAUGAAAGGGUCAUGUAUAAUCGUUUGGUAGAAUUUACUAAUAAACUUGAAAUUUAUUACUGCCACCAGUGUGGUUUUCGAACUAACCACUCAACCAAUCUUGCUCUUACUCACUUGAUAAAUAAAAUUGCAACUGCUAUUGAUCAAAAAGAAAUAACAGCAAGUGUUUUCUUAGAUCUGUCUAAAGCAUUUGAUACCUUAAACCAUGAUAUACUAUUUUCUAAGCUUGAUAGGUAUGGGAUUCGUGGAGUGGCAUUAAAUUGGGUAAAGAGCUAUUUCAAUAACCGAACACAAUUUGUUCAAUAUAACAAAUUUUCUUCUGCUCGAAUAGCCAUACAAUGUGGUGUACCCCAAGGGCAAUAUUGGGCCCACUCUUUUUCAUCCUUUAUAUUAAUGAUCUUCCAAACGCCUCACAUUUAGUCAAACCACUAUUAUUUGCAGAUGACACCAGCAUUUGUUAUGCUAGCUCCGAUCCCAUAGUAUUAGCUACAGUAUUAAAUGAGGCAUUACUAAAUAUUAGUACAUGGAUGAAAGCUAACAAACUCUCUGUCAAUAUUGAUAAAACCAACUACAUCAUUUUCCAACCAACCCAAAAGAAAUCCACGUAUGAAAUUCUCCUUCUUCUUGAUGACAGAUUAAUCACACAAAAGAAACAGAUCAAAUUUCUUGGGGUCCUUUUAGAUGAAAAUCUUUCAUGGAAACCUCAUAUAAAUUACGUAUGCAAAAAAGUUUCGAAGUCUAUCGGUGUAAUAUACAGAGCUCGUUUCAACUUGUCGAAAAGUACUAAAUUGUCGUUAUAUUAUACCUUAAUCUAUCCAUAUCUUAUCUACUGCAACACAAUAUGGUCAUCUACAUAUGUUUCUAACUUAAAACGGUUACAAAUUCUACAAAAGCGAAUAGUUAGAUUAUUGACUAGUUCGAGCUUUUUGGCUCAUACUGCUCCGCUUUUUAAAAAAUUGAAAAUACUUGAUAUCAAUAGGAUUAAUUCCUUUUGUACAGGUAUAUUCAUGUAUUCCUACCAUAACAAAUUACUUCCACCCCCCUUUCUUAACUUACUUAGCACCAGCAACCAGUUUCAUAAUUAUAAUACUAGAAACGCUGACACAUAUCGUUCACAUGCAUGUAGAACUAAUAUAAAACAAUUUACUAUGCUUUCACGAGGUCCAAAACUGUGGAAUUCGCUCCCUGACACCGUUAAGAAUGCAGGGACGUUAAAUUGCUUCAGGAAUAGAAUACGAAAAUAUUUACUUCAAUGUUAAGCCAUAUAACUGCGUUCACUAGCUGUCGCAAUUGUUUUAACAAAAUACUUUUGAUAUAUAUACUUUGAAAAGCUUCAAGGAGAUAUCCAAUUUAUAAGCCUUAUGGUUUCUGGAUAACUCCUUGCCACUAAUAUAACCACUGUAAAUAUAAUCAACAUAAAUUACCAUUAUAUAAACAGUAACAGUAUAUUAGAAAUCUGAAAUAUUGUAAAUGGUAUUGGUGGCUAAUAAAUCUUUAUCUUAUCUUAUCUUAUCUUAACACCGUUUGAAAAGUCAAGAUAACCGUUUAAACGUCUUAUAUGUAGUUCUUUGCAAGCUUUCUAAUGCUGCAAAUUAUUUUUUCUAUAAAUGAACCUGAAAUUUCACGUUUUUAACAAUAUAGCCAGGAGUUUAAUAGGAAAAUCGAAGAAAAAUCUGUUGGCAGCAGCCCGCAAGACAUUUGAACGAUACCAACAUACAGAAAAUGUCAGAAAUGCACUUACUAGCCUUAAAGGCGCAAGAUGAAAGCAAAAUAGAAUUGUCCCCUAAUCGGAUGAGUUUUCCCUCCUAUCUAGCUGCCUUGGGCCGGUUGUUAACUUUAAUCACGUAGUUAAGGUAAUUCCGCAGUUUUGCAUUGCGCACUUUUACUGCGCACAUCUUAUAACUUAUAAUUUCAUCCAUUAUACAUACCGUUUACAAAAAAUAUCAUUUUAUGACAAUUUUAUGUUACUUCAAAACAUCUUUGGUUACAUUCGUGCAAACAAUUACAUUAAAAUCAAUGUUUUCAAAAAAGGCAUACAAAAGUGUAGCUAGGGUUUCUGUGUCUGUAGUAUAUUUAUUUACUUGUAUUUCACGUUUUAAUGCCACAAUUCCCUAAAACGAUCGGUGACCCCCGUUUUUUAACUGAUAAUUUAUUUCUUUGAUGCAUUUUACAUUUCAUAUCCGAAAUAAAAGAAAAAUCAUUUCUGGAUCUUGAAAAAAAUGCUUUAUCAAUGCAUGUUCUUAAAGAAAGAUAUGUAAAGAAAUGUGGAAAAGACAUUUGUGGAUCAGAAUUGUACACGUUAGUAGUUUCAUUUUGCUCAAAACACAAUAUUUUUCAAAAAUAAUAACAAGAUAGGUUUACUAAAGCAAAAUCCGCGCUAAAAACGUCAAUAAGUAUCGGGCUGUUGUGAUUUUGCUGUUACUCGUAAUGAGCGUCAAGAUGGCGCCAUAUUGGGGUAAAGGUGGUAUAUUGUGAUUGUCAUAUCUUCUUAACGAGUUCGGUGACCCCGACUUUUUUGUGUGAUUUUGCUUUAAGUAUGUCAUAAACUCCAUGCCUGGGAAGUUUCAGCACAUUCUCAUUUCGGGAACAAUUACUGCAGAAUUACCUUAAUCCGGUUGUAUAAAAGUGUAGUUAGCCUUAACUGCAGUUAAAAAGCAGUUAAAGUCAACUAUGCUUUACGGUAUAGUUAACCAUCCAAAACGUAGUUAAAAAUGGCGCUUGUAUUGGAGUGAACAACAUUUUUCAGUAAAACAAUAAUGAAAAGCAACGCUUACCUUGGAUUUUCAAACGCUAUCUUCCCUGUGAAUGUUUUCUGACAAUAUAAACACUUCAAAUAACGCUAACGCUUUCGUGCAUGGGAAGAUUUCUCGAAGACAAAGUGGGGCCCAUUAUAAACGAAGAAACAUGAUAUAUAAUUGCCAAACAGUUACGCUUUGGUUUAACGCAGACAUCUCACGGAAAACUGCCUGAUCAUGUGACUUUUGCGGCCGUUUUGCUUUGUUUUCUUGUUUAUUUUUCACCAUUUUGAAUCAAAUUCCCGCCUAUUUGCAAAAUACCAGUCCAGAAUCAUGUUAAAAAUGCUUGUCAGCGGUCGUUAAUCGCUGCUUACUUUGUGUAAUUUUGUUUUUAAACGCCCAACACAAGCCCCACCGUGGGCACAGUUAACUACGUGAUUAGUCCCAUUGCACAUGAUUGCAUCUGUAGGUCAAAUUAGCAAUCUAUGCAUAAUAUAACGUUUGUAAACAAAGCAAAUUUUGUAAAACUUUAUAAUAAUUUUGUGUUAAAAUGGUUAAUUUUUGCGCUGUAUGUGGUUGUUGUACCCGAACAGAUAUUGUUAGGGAGCAUCUGGAUUCGAAAAACUAAAUUCCUUCGCUCAAAACGUUAAACCUUGUUCUUAUUUUUCAAGUAGUUGCAUCAUACAUCCAAACCCGAAACUUGCAUUCUUCGCUACCGACAUGCACUGGCACCCAACAUUAUAUCCAGUACAUUCUAUACUGUAUGUACCUCAUGCACAUCUUUCAUAAGCUAGAGUUCGAGAAGCUAUAAGUAUUCUGGGGUUUUUUCCAAUUGAAUGACUAUACAGGGUGUAUCAAAAUAAACGCAAUUCAUCUUUUGUGCUUAAUAACUUUCGAAAUACUAUUUCUAGUUAAACGCAUUUAGGCUUACUUCAAAGCCUGUUCUUUUCUCUUUCAAACAAACUAUUAUCCUUGUCUCCAAUGCUAGUAAUGAUUGCACAGGAAAAGAUUUAGUAAAACCUAUCAUUUUUAGUUGCUGUUUAAUUAUGCAAGUCUACUAUAUGUUAUUGUUUAGUCGGUUUAAAUGUUAGAAUUUUCUUCUUUAAACUUUAAUGUUGUCGUCACUACAUCUGGAAAACCACGUAAGAACAAAUUAAAAGUAUUUUAAAAGAGACCAGGUUGUUUGAAAAUCCCAAACGAACGCUAAAAAUCAUAGAAUCAAAACAUUCUGGUGUCUGGGCCAGAGUGUCAUCGAAUUGCGAUGUAAUGUAAACAGAAAUUAUAGCAAGCUGAUGUCAGUCAGCUUAGAUGGUCCAAGCCAAAAUUAUAUCGCAUUUGAAGUUUCAAACUGUGUUAAAAAUAGUGGAAGAAAAGCCGUAAUUAUACUUAUUGUUACAAUCCAUUUAAUAAAAUGCAACAUUUGUUUGUUUUAAUGAAAAAAUCAGUUAUUUUCAUGAGAACGAUUUGUUAUUCCAUCUCAAUUUUUUUAAUCUCCAAUCGCAAUAACGUAAAGUAUUAUUACCCGCGAACCAAUGAGUCAAAUUUAAGAAACAACCCACUGUUAGAAAGCUGAAUGGCUACGCUUUAAAAUGAAUGUAAACUUUAACGUUUUCGUCUAUUAUUUGUUUAGCAAUUUACAUUUCAGUCGAGGAUUGCGUUUUUUUUUAUACACCCUGUAGACCUUACCGUUUAUUCACUUUUGACGCAAUGGCCUCGUUUUCGUGUUUGCCAGUUUUGGCAUAACAGGCGCACAUGAAGGUUAUAUUCCCAUGUUUCCUUCACGAUUUGGUUCCUGGUUGAUCUUGAUCGUACAUCAUGUAACAGUUGAUCUAUUUUCUAGUUACUUGGCAUGUGGCUUGCAUGAUGACGCCAUCCGUGUUCUCACUCGACGUGGUGAUGAAAUUGCCUUACAUAGUGCUGCACAG